UUCAUCUCAUUUUGAAACCAAAAGUUCAAGCUUCUACAAUCAUGGAGUUCUUCAUCGUUCAAACUAUUGCUGUCACGGUUUUCCUCUUGACGAAUCGUAUGGUCCCAGCCAAUGGUGGCCAGUCGCUAGCUGACCUCCUCCACUCCUUAAUCCAAGACGAGGGGAGUGCUCAGUUGAUGCAGACAGCCAUUGUGGACAGCAUUGAUGGCCGUGCACAAAGCUUUAGUCUAAACAUUGUUGGCUGUGACACCAUCAGCAGUACAAUUCGUAGCAAACUGAGCAACUAUCUGAAGGAAGUCUUCCCCGGUAGAGGCAUCACCAUCUCAUGUGCACUAUAAUCAAAAAGGAGGUGGAGCCAACUAUCUCUGUCUUCCUACUAACCCUGAGUACAACACCCUCAACACAUACUCUCCACACUAUUACUCAAAAAUUUCCGGCACAGAAUACGAACAUCCGAUUGCUGGUAGCCACAACCAUAAUGUACGUACCAUGUGCUGUUUGCCAUGCUACAACAAGGACAGCUAAAAUGAUGAUUCCUGCCAAGACCAGCUGCCCUCCAAGCUGGACAAGAGAGUACUACGGCUAUCUACAGAGUGACGCCGUUUGGCCUGAUUGUCAACGCACUGAGUACGUUUGUGUGGACAAAGAUCAAGUAUCUCUUUAUGGAUCACAUGCAAAUAUUGAUGCAGCCACACUAUAUCAUGUGAGAGCCACAUGUACCGGGAUACAGUGCCCUCCAUACAAUGCAAACGACGUACUGACAUGUACCGUAUGUACCAACUGAACAAAACAUCCAACAAGUAUGAAAACACUGGAGUAUAAUAUACUUACAAACAGUAAUGAGUAUAAUUAUUAUAAGAACAGUAAGGAUAUAAAUUUUAAUGUUGAACAUAUGCAUGGUAUAUAUGCAUGCGGUAUAUUAAUUUGUGUAGGAUAUUAGAAUUAAGUUCAAGAAUAUAUCUGUUGAAUAUACAUGCUAUGGUAUUAUUGCUGUGAGUUUGGUUUACACAACAAUGAUGAUGCAUGCACAUUGAUGCUUAAUGGCGUUAUGCGUACUUUACCUAUACACAGAGGGACACAAUCUCAACAGUAGAAUACCAACACAUAUACGUGUAUGUACCUUCCUACAUUGAAUACAAGGUUCCUACGGUAACUGUACUUGUUUGACAACCUUCCUACAUGAUCUACAACACCAGUGAAGUACCUAGCUACCCAAUACAACCCACACACUACACCCACGCACACACUAAAGGAUUGAGCUGAGGCACAACCGUAUCUACUCCUAAUCCUAAUAAUACUAAUCCACAACACUAUACAUACAAUAGGCACUCAUAUAUAAAAGGGUUGAGCUGAGACCCAACCGACUUGUGUGAAAAACGCUGCAUAUACAUCUCAUUCCGAAACCAAAGAUUCAAGCUUCUGCAAUCAUGAAGUUUUUCAUUGUUCAAACCAUUGCUGUCACGGUUUUCCUCUUGUCACAGUUUUCCUCUUGACGAAUCGUAUGGUCCCAGCCAAUGGUGGCCAGUCGCUAGCUGACCUCCUCCGCUCCUUAAUCCAAGACGAGGGGAGUGCUCAGUUGAUGCAGACAGCCAUCGUGGAGAGCAUCGAUGGCCGUGCACAAAGCUUCAGUCUAAACAUUGUUGGCUGUGACACCAUCAGCAGUACAGUUCGUAGUAAACUGAGCCACUAUCUGGAGGAAGUGUUUCCCGGUAGAGGCGUCACCAUCUCAUGUGCAGCAGGUGUUCUCUCCGGAGGGGUGACAUACACGAGGUGGGGCCACAAUGCUUGUCCAAGUGUGUCUGGUACACAGAUGCUGUACACUGGGAGAAUGAGCGGAGCAUUUUAUAAUCAAAAAGGAGGUGGAGCCAACUUUCUCUGUCUUCCAAACAACCCAGAGUACCACACCCUCAACACAAAUCUCCCACAAUUAUACUCCAAGAUUUAUGGCACAGAAUACUCAGCUCCAAUUGUUGGUAGUCACAAUCACAAUGUACCAUGUGCUGUUUGCCAUGCUACGACGAGAGCAGCUAAAGUGAUGAUUCCUGCUAAGACCAGCUGCCCUCCAAACUGGACAAGAGAGUACUACGGCUAUCUACAGAGUGAGGCUAAUCUCGGAGACCGUGAACGCACUGAGUUUGUUUGUGUGGAUAAAGAUCAAGUCUCUCUUUAUGGAUCACAGAGCCCUCCAUUGCCUCAGGCGUUCUCUCCGGAGGGGUGACGUACACGAGGUGGGGCCACAAUGCUUGUCCGUAUGUGUAUGGUACAGAAAUGCUGUACACUGGGAGAAUGGCCGGAGUAUUUUAUAAUCAAAAAGGAGGUAGAGCCAACUAUCUCUGUCUUCCUACUAACCCGAGUACAACACCCUCAACACAUACUCUCAACAUUAUUACUCCAAGAUUUCCGGCACAGAAUACGAAUU